UACACUAUUUGUGCUAUUGUUCUGUUUAUCAUGUUGAAUCAUAAAUGCUAAAAAAAUACUAGUGUGUAAAAUCACACACACACAUUUUACCAUUGCACUUUUCCAGUGCAAUGCAAUCAACUUGAACUUGACCGCAGAGGUUGAAUUUGAACGUUUGCUCCAAACUAUUUUAUGCUGUCUAUCACUGCAUCAAGCUAUCCGUGGUCAAGCUAUCUGCAUUAUACCGUAUUGUUAGUGUAGUGGCGCAUGUAAAUUGGAACAUGGAUUUUAGAGGGAUAGCCUGACCUCAGUUCUAAAUCGACGUCACUCACGUAGCCGUGGCGUGCCUGCAGGCAAAUAACAUGGAGUCGAGUGUGUGGUCUCUGCAAGCGGGUUCAUGGAAAAAAUGUAGCACCGAUGUGACAAAAAUAUAGCAACACACUCUACAUGCAUUCAUGGACUGAGGAUAUUCGUAGCUUUGUUCCAUAUAAAGCAUGGAGAACGGUGCGUAAACAACUCCUUCCCUCAGACCACAAGCCAGGCCGUUUUCCUGGAAGAGCACACCACACACAAUGUAGACUGUAGUGGACAGCAGUGGAACACCAUACUGUGCUCUGGGGACCAUGGAGCUAGAGGGGGAUUCUCUUUCCCCCAGGGAUUCCUUCACCUCAGUGAGCAGCUAUGGGCCACCACCCUCAUUCUCAGCACAGGACACCGUAACCCACAACCUCCUAAAUCAGACCUUACAGGUUUCAGACGAGCUCAUCUUCAGUGGGAGCCCAUGGUCCAGUGGUGGCAAUGGGGACUUUGAGAGGACCGGAGGCCCCCUAUCCCAGGUGGAAUCAGGGAGGAGUGCACAGAGGAGCGUCAGGCCCUCAGCCUUUCCCUCCUCCCUGACCUGGGACUCUGACUCUGAGAAAGAGACACUAGACGAGGAGGAGCUACAGCAUUUUUCUAACCCUCACGGUCUGGCCGCUCACAGCCCAGGAUCCCUCUCCUCUGGACACAGACCUGACAGUGAGGAUGACCAAGCACCUGAACAACUGCCGCACUUACCCACUGAGACAAACCUACUCAGCCCUGUGGAGGAGCAGGACCAAGACAAGCCUAACACACACAGAGAGGAGCCAAAGAAGGCCCAAUCCAGUUCAAAAGAAUUGGUAGAUGACAGUGUCUGGGACAUAUCGGAGAAAGCUGAAGUGUUUCAGUCCAAAGUGACAUCAAAGGAGGGGUGCAAAAUUGAGGAGGAGGGAGAGGAAAAGGACCUGACAGGGAAGGACAAGGAGCCUGAGCGGGAUGUGUACACCUUUCCUGGGGACUCAGACACAGAGAGCCCCCCACCAGCACCCUGGGCACACUGCACCUUCAUCCAGCGUCGGAAGAAGAAGAGGGCCCUGCUCAGGCCCUUCUCUGGCCAGGGCUCCUGGGAACGCACAUCAACAGGAGCUGAUAAGAAGGCAAGGGGUGCUUCCUCAAGAGCAAAGAGCUUGGUGCCAGUGAAGGUGAGUGGAGGGGCCUAUGACUUUAAGGAGGACUUGGAAAAGGCAACAGAGGAACUGGAGAAGGUAGAAGAGAAAAAGGGUGGUGAAGAAGAAGAAGGAGGAGAGGGAGAGCUUAGUGAAGAGAUUUUCACCUGUGUGGAAUGUAGCAUUUACUUCAAGAAGCAGGUCUACCUGCAGGAUCACAUGCAAGAGCACAGUCAUAGCAGGCCGGGGACUGGCAGGAGGGAGCGCGGAGUGAAGGGCGCACGAUUUCGGUGCGUGGAGUGUGGAUGGAACCUGUCAAACAGGCUGGCUAUGGCGGACCACAAGAGACGACACCAGGAGUCUCGUCAAAAGAUCCUGGAGGAGAUUGGGAAGCUGAGUGACAGUGGGAAAGGAGAGACUACGCAAGGUGAACCGAGCAAGGUGACCAAACCUGCAAGCCCAGUCCUAGAACCAUUUGUAGCUCUAGUCACGACUCCAGCUCCAGCUCCAGCUCCAUUCACAGAGCCAGAUCCAGUUCCAGUCCGGACCCCAGUCAAAGCUCGAGCCAAAACUCCAGUCAAAGCAAAGGUCAAAGGCCCAGCCAAUCGUCGCUAUCUCUGCCUCAAGUGUGACUUCAGUACACGCACCUCACAGGCAUUGGCCAACCACGCCAAGACCCACAACAGAAAACCUACUGGUCUGCAGCGAGCCUCUCCGCGCUUUCAGCCAAAGCUCACUCCUAUGGAGCCGCCUGUGUCACCUGGAUCUGCCUCUGGCCUGACCUCCAUCUCUCUCACUUGUGAUCAGUGUGCCUUCCAGGCCUCCAGUCAAACUGCCCUGAAGGAGCACCAACACGUGGGUCACCCCGCGCAGACCUCCAUCUGUGGGGAAGGGCCUGAAGAGAUGAACCGUCCAGGGUCCAGAAUUGAUGCUUCCUCUCCACCAUGUUCUGAUACGCUUUCUAAGCCUGUCUCUCCACCAGAGGGCCAAAGCCAAUCAAAGGCCAGUAAGUCUUCUUCUUCUAUUUGGAUCUCUGCUAUGGAGGACAGUGACACACUGCCCCAACCAUCAAACACUGCUACAGCUCCCCAGCGUAGAGAGUUAGCUUUUAAGACCAUCGGGAACAAGAGGGCAAAUCGGAGAGGGAAGGUGGGGACAGAACUCCUCUGGCCAAAUCCCAGACUGGACAGUGGGCCACCUGAGACCGAUGAUGCACAAAGCCAGGGCCAGAGCCCUGACCUGGCAACUGAUAUGAACCAAAAAGAGACUGAAUCACUUGUUGGAUCCAAACCGCUCACCAGGGCUCGAUCCCUCCGAGAUGACUCCUCUCUAAAACAACAGAGCCUCACAGCCUCAUGCUCUACAGAAAGGAAGCCCGUGAAGGAAGAGGAAGUGGACGGGGAGCCAAAGGUUGCUUUUGAAAAGAAGAGUAACAAGGUUUUUUCUGAUGAAAAUGACGAUGAUGAUGACAACGAUGAUGAGGACAACGAUGAUCAUGACGAAGAAGAGGAAGUGGAAAAUAUCCGGCGUUUCCUAGCGGAGGGCAUAUCAGAUGAGGAUUAUGAGGAGAUUGAUGAGGAGACGGGGACCCUGAAGAGCGUGGAGAGGAAAUGCCCCUACUGCCCUGAUCGCUUCCACAACGGCAUCGGGCUAGCCAAUCACGUCAGGGGCCACCUCAACCGAGUGGGCGUCAGCUACAAUGUGCGCCACUUCAUAUCCCCUGAGGAGGUCAAUGCCAUUGAGAAGAAGUUCUCCUACCAGAAGAAGAAGAAAAAGGUUGCCAACUUUGACCCGGAUACGUUCAGUGUGAUGCGCUGUGAGUUCUGCAAUGCUGGCUUUGACACCCGGGCUGGCCUGUCCAGCCAUGCCAGGGCGCACCUGCGGGACUUUGGGAUUACUAACUGGGAGGUGACUGUCUCGCCCAUCCAUAUCCUCCGGGAGCUCUUCUCCAGCCGCCCAGACCUGGUCCUCCCCACAGCCCCCCCACGCAGCCCAGCCUCAGACGAGGAGGAGGAAGACCUGGAGACGGAGGAGGAAGAACCAGGGGGAGGGGAGGGGAGUGAAGAGGCAACAGGUGCUACAGUCUCCAUCCUACUGCCAUCGUCGCCUUCUCAGCCUUGGGAGAAAGACCACAGCGUUGGUGAGCCUGAAGUCGGGGAGGAGGAAGAGCAGAUGCCAGCACUGGACAGCUUGACCUCCAGCCCAGGGAGGAAGGGUCUGUUUUCCCUGGACCCAGAGAGCCCCUCCCCGAGGGAUGAAGCUGACAUCAAAGUGUCCAACCUGUUAAAGUGUGAGGUGUGCAGUGCCCCCUUCGAGACGAGGCGGGGCCUAUCUAGUCACGCCCGUUCCCACCUGCGCCAGCUGGGCAUCGGCAUGUCGGAGAGUAGCGGGGCACCCAUCGACCUCCUCUACCAGAUCACCAAGGAGCGUGGUCUGGAUGGGCACUUCCCCCCUCCCCUCCCCCGCCCCCCCGUCGCCAAGAAGCCCCUUCACGUCCUGCCAGCCCCACGGAUAGAAGAGAGAUAUCAAGACACCGACAUGGACGAGAAACCCAUCCCUCUCUCCAUCCCCUCCCCUGUGGCCUCCCCUCCCCCCUCACUCAUCAGGGCCUGCUCCCCUUCUCCUGUGGUGAGGAAGGCCCCCAUCUCCUCCCUGCUGCCUGUGUCCUCCCCCCUGCGCUGUCUGGACCAUAAGCCUGGAGGGGUGAAGAGCACCACCUCUAACCUCUCUGCCAAACCUUUCUGGGCUCCACAGGAGACUGAUGCCCCACUCAACCUCACAUUGGAGGUAGACCCCAACAAGGACAUAGUGUGCCAGCUGUGUGGCGCCUGGUUCGAGACGCGAAAGGGCCUGUCCAGCCAUGCCCGAGCCCACCUGCGUCACUUUGGGGUGGAGUACUCGGAGUCCAAAGGUUCCCCCAUAGACCUCCUCAACCAGCUCAUUCACACUGAUGACUUCAAGCACAGAGCCAGCGCCCUGCAGCCUGAGGGGCCCCAGGGGCUCAGGGGCCUCACAGCCAGCCUCUCCUCCCCCAAACGCUCCCUCCUCACCACCUCCUCCACACCUCUCCUCUACAAGGUCACUACGAUGGGGGGCGGAUCUGGGUCCAAAGCUACCUCUUCCUCAGCUUCCUCAAUGUUUGGCCCGCCCUCCAAACGUCCCAAGUCCUCCAAAUUACAGGUCUUCCGUUUGAGUGGCGGGGAACUCACGCCCAUCCCCCACAGUGAACCAGUGAAGGAGAUCGGCUGUGAGUUCUGUGGGGAGUACUUUGAAAACCGUAAAGGUCUCUCCAGUCACGCGCGUUCCCACCUGCGCCAGAUGGGCAUCACAGAGUGGACAGUCAACGGUUCCCCCAUAGACACCCUGCGAGAGCUGAUCACACGUCGAGGUCUACCAUGCGCCCUGCCCCUCAAGCCCCUAAAAUCUCCCCCCCCAUCCCCCGGACCCCCUCGCUCCCCCUUGUCCUCCCCUGCCUCUCCCAGCCUCCUGAGUCGCCUCCCUUUUGCCUUCGCCCACCCACCCAGCCACCAGUCCACAGUGCGUAAGAUGGGCUCAGCUCCACCGGCCUCCCCUAGCCUGAUAGUCAAGCUGAAGCCUGAGCCUAUGCAGCUGGAAGUCACCAUGCCAGGAGCGGUGGGGGGAGCAGCGGGAUACUCCUCUGAGCCACUGAAUUGCAGCUGGAGCAGCUCUGACAAUAUGCUCCCUCUUAACUUGGUCACAGCCCAUGAAGUAGAGCCCACUCGGGACAUCCGCUGUGAGUUCUGUGGGGAGUACUUUGAGAACCGUAAAGGUCUCUCCAGCCACGCCCGUUCCCACCUGCGCCAGAUGGGCAUCACAGAGUGGACAGUCAACGGCUCCCCCAUAGACACCCUGAGAGAACUCAUGCACAAGAAUGGGGGCACCUCGUCCCCAGCCCCGGGGCUGAAGAAGGAGACCAGCCAGGGGUCCAGCCCCACCUGGGAAGGCCUGGUGGGGGGCCUGGGUUACCAGUCGCCCAAGUUCUCCCGCAAAUCCCCCCUCAACCUGCUGCACUCUGGCUCCCGGCUUCAUAAGCACGGCCUGGGGGCGGUGGGCCUCUCCUCCACCCCUCCCGCCGGGAAGUUUUUUGCGGUGUCCCUGCUGGGUAAGAGACCCCUGACGGAGGAGGGCCGUCCAGUUGAGAGGUCACCAUCCCACCCCCAGUCCUUUUCGCCACUGCCACAUGACCUCUCCAUCAAAGGGAAGUCCUCUCCAGACAAGAAUGCGGGAGGGCACCUGGAUGCCAGCUGUGAGCUGUGUGGGUUCUACUUUGAGAACCGCAAGGCGCUGGCUAGCCAUGCGCGGGCCCACCUGCGGCAGUUUGGCGUGACAGAGUGGUGUGUGAACGGUUCGCCCAUCGAGACGCUGAGUGCCUGGAUGCGCAGCCGGCCCCACAAGGUGGUGGAGAUGCACCGCAGUUACAUGCAAGGCUCCAACCGCUCCACCUCCAAGAAGAAAAGCAGCCUGUCUCUCUCCCCAUCAUCCGACUCUGACCUCCUCCCCCCCAUGCCCUCCCAGAAGCAUUCCUCCUCCUCCCAGUGGGCUGCUUUGGGGCUGGCCCAGGCCAGACGUGUAGGCCGGGAGCUCACCCUGGCAUCACCCCGGGCAGCAGAGGGUGAUGCAGGUCUCACUCCCCCCUCCAGACCCAGCCACAGCAGUCACAGUCCCAGCCCCACCCGACUCUCCAACACCCUCCCUCCCCACACACAGGUGGCCCGCAGCGAGCUCAACGUGCGCCUGCCCAGAGGCUUUGAGCGGCGACCUCUUAAACACCCCUCCCACUCAGAGGGAGGAGAUAGGGACAGUGGCACCCCCAAGCCCCCUCGCACCGGCACCAUUCCUGCCCUGGUGCCCAAACCCCCUUCCACCCCCCUGGUCAAAGUGGUGGGAAAGAUCUACUCCCUCAGGUGCCGGUUCUGUGAGGUGGAGUUCCAGGGUCCUCUCUCUGUGCAGGAGGACUGGAUCCGCCACCUACAGCAGCACAUUCUCAACCUCAACUACAACAAGCCUGCUCCCUCUGCCACGGACCCCCCAGUCCAAGACCACAACCCAACCCCAACCUCAACCUCAGUCCCAGCCACUACCUCCAGCUUCACCACAACUCCUGCUCCCACCUCAACCCUACCCUCCAUCCACACCCACACCACAGCUCCUACUGUUCCCCCUCCUUGCAGCCCCUCUCCUCCACCAAUGGCUGAGUCUGCUCCAAUUGUCACUGCCACUCCAAUGGCAACAGCCUCAGCAGAGUCCACCCUCACCCCGAUCCUGAUCCCCACCCUGUCCUUGUAACCCCCAGGUCCAUAACAAUCCACACAUUCUUCUAACCAUCUUGUUCUGCCACGUCUUUGCCAUGCCUUUUUUCCAUCCACUUGUUCCUUCGGCCUCAACACUGGGGACCUGUUGUUGAAGUGUUUUGAAGAGAAGCUUUCCACCAAUGAGCUCUCUCAACCCCCAGCCUCUCCUAGUAAGCUCUGCAGAUGGUUACAAAGCCCCAUUGCCAUGGGAACCCAAGCUCUCCUGACCAGAGUGGGUGAUUGCAACUGUCUAGGGCUUCGGGGUCUGCUGUUUCUUCUUUGUUUGAGCUGAAUGUUCAGUUUGUAACGUGGACAGUUACACUUCCUGCCGCUCAGUGGUUAACCGAGAGGUUAACUUAAACCAUAUUGAACUUUGACUUAUCUCCUUGCUCUAAACAGUGCUUUAUAAAGACCUGAGAGGCUCCGCCCAUUUAUAUUUGAAGCACUUAAUUAAGAGGAGCACACUCAUGGCUCCUGCUUUACUCACCUCAACAACAUUUUAAAAGGAGUUUAAAUAAUGUUUUUGUAUUCAUGCUUAGUCUAUGGUACAGACUUAAAAAGCCCAUUUACACAUUCUUUUGAUAAGGCAAUUUUAACGUAGACAAUGACACAGAGCACUUACAUAAGUGCCCCAUUGAUUAGGGCAGUGAUGAUGAGGAAAAGGCCCCUUUGAGAGAAAAGGAAGGACCCUGUAGAGGAUGCAGCACCUUGAAGGGACGUCCCAUUCACCUUAGAGUUAGGCUGACUGGUGCAGUCACACAGUAACUCUUAAUGUUUUCUGAAUGUAGUUAAAGGGAUAGUUCACCCAAAUUACAUAUUGGUUUCCUUACCCUGCAAGCAGUCUAUGGACAAGGUAUCACAGCAAUCCAUGCGGUGGUUUAGAUUCAUUGGCACCGUUUCCAAAUGUUGUGGCACAAAUCCCAUUUAAGUCAUGGGUAUAAGAUAUUAGCAUUUUUCAAACAUCGUGCCCAAAUCAUUCGAAAGUGUCUACAAUUGAUUGUAAAGCACAACAAAGUCACUUAUAGAUGAUUGCUGAUAUCAGUCCCAUGGGAUUUGUGCCACAAAUGCUAAAACAUUAUCAUUUGAAAACAGUGCCAGGGAAACUAAACCAAAGCAUGGAUUGCUGUCAUACCUUAUCUAUAGACUGUUUACAGGGUAAGGAAACCAAUGUGUCAUUUGGGUGAACUAUCCCUUUUAAUGCACUUAUUAUUUGAGAUGACUGUGUCAUUUUAAAUUAGACUGGUCAUUUUGUUAUUCCAUAGUUUGAUGUCCCCAACACUGUUUAGCUAACGGCAUUUAAGCUCUUGAUGAAACUUUAGAUGAAAGGGUCCAUAGAAGUAUUGACGGUCACUAUUUCAAGUUUCAAUGCGGACACACAUACAAAUGUUGCCAUUUCUUUCUUGCCUUGUCAAUGAAACCCAAAACCUUGGUUGUUAUUUAUUACACAUUUGAAUGUGGUGAACUAGGUUGUUUUUAGGCUCAAUUAGAACAUUGGAAUGUUUGAAAUUAGGCCAGUGACACUUUUAUCUAAGUGCAUAAGCUAUGUGUGUUUGUUAGUUUGUGUGUGUGUUUUUUUUGCACAAGAGGUGCAUGUGUAUGUCUUUCUAUGACUUAAAUGCUAGACAGAGGUCAACAGUAGCUAACACACAGGACCUCUCCGUAGCUAAAAUCUAGCUAAUCAUGGGAUCUGGUCUAUUUUUUAGUCUGAUCAGGACUGCAUCUGCCAUUCUCCUAAGGAUGUGCCAAAGAGUGUGUUUACUCCCUGGUCUCGCCUCUGUAAGCUGUUUACAUGGGACCUGUUCAUAGGGAGGAGCUCUGCACAGCUACGGAGCAACCAAGGCUCCUGUUUGGACGAGGGACAUGUAUCGGUGUACAUCUGGAUCCAGUGACUCCCAGUAUGUGAACCACAGAGUUGACUGACUGUUGCAGUGACAUACAUAAGCGGCCUUGGCUUCAUGGAACUGUUACACUACUGCAUUAUUGCACCCAGUACACGGACGCCCACAGAGGUUGCUAUCUGUCAGAGCUCUGUGAAGUAUUGGUGCCCUUAAAUCCAGACGCAUUACGUAUGGCCUCUGGUGGAACAGCUUCUAAACUGGGGCAACGCUGUCACUCCAGCGUGUCUUCACAUUGCUUCAGGUAAGUGUUUAUAUCGCCUGCAAAGUGACGCAAUAACUGAAGAGUCCAUACGGAAAUGAACUUUUCAAGUUUGUUCCAGCAUUAAACUAUGUCGAAAACAUGACUGUUUGACCCUAACAAUCCCCCAUACCUUUAAUGGAAUAUAGAUACGUAUAUAUAACUACAUGUACUUAUGAAGCUGUUGAUGCUAUUAGAGCUAUUAACAGUUCUAUUAACAGCUAGUUACAAAACAAAUGGAUCUUGAUUCCUUUUAUCGUGAUUUAGUUUCAACCUUCUAUGACAUGUCUUUUUAUUGCUCUGUGCAUUUGUGUAUUUGCAGUCCAGGAGGUGAAACCUUGAUGAGUAUAUUUUAUUUUCUUUGUUAGCUAGUUUCUCCAAGCUGAACAUUGGUGCUCAUGAGAAUGGGAUGGGGAGUGACUGAAGACAGGAGAAAAUGAGUGAUUGUUGUGUCCUAAGAUCAGAGGACUCUAAAUACUUCAGUCUUUAAAGGGGACCACUUUUGCACGUUCAGAUUUUUCUCCACCAGUGUGUGUUCACAUCGUGAUAGGGUUAGCCUCUGGCAGGUUUGUGACUGUGUUACCGUGUAAGAUGAGUUUCCGCUGGUGUUACAACUAAGUCCCCUUUAAGAUUGCCUGUGUGUACCCCUCAGCUGGUAUGACUGGCUGCAGAGGGUUGGUGUGUGUGUGAAUGAGUGUGUGAGUGCCUGUGGAGAGCUAAGACCAUGAUCUGAUGAUGAUAAUACAAAUAUUAAAGAAUUGUACUGUACACAAAGGGUUGAGGUUCAUGUGAAUCAGCUCCUGAACAAACAUUAAAUGUGAUUUCAAACUCA